CCAUUUGUACCAAAUGGAUCUAUAUAAUAUCAACCCACUCGAUUCUAACCACUUUCCACUGUUUUCGAAAUCGCUCACUCUCCAAUCAAAUGAGUUUACUUCUUUACUACCUUCAACCAAAAAAGUCAAUGAACAAAGGAAAAGGAGAGGUUCCUUGCCAACAUUGACAAACUUUCCUCUAUUUCAGUCUAAUGAUUUGA